UCUCUUCCAUUCAGAAUGCCACCCAAGAAGAAAAAGAAGAAAGGCAAGAUGACUAAAGCAGAGAAGUUAAAGAAGCAGCAAGAGGAAGAAGAGGCAGCCCGGCUGCAAGCUCAAAAAGAGGAACAGGAGAGACUGGAAAGACAAAAAAAGCUGGAAGAGAUACAAAGGUUAGAGGAAAAGGCAGAGCAGAACAGAGACUUUGAGCUUACCGAACUGCGCCUUCUGCUGGAGGAAAACUACUCUGCAAUAAUCAAAUGGAAGGUUGAUGCUGCAGAAAAGGCAGAGUGGGAGAGAUACAUGCUGUGCGAUGGAGUCCCAGACGCAAAGGACCAGCGGGCGGUCAACACAUUUGUCACCUUGUGGAAGGAUUACUCAGACUCCGACAUCGGAGAGGAGCUUCAGCUAUGCAACUCAGCAGUAAAGCUUAUUGAAGCGUUGGAUGAGCUUCUGAAUGAGGCCAAAGAUCCUGUGAUGGUCCCAAAGUACCACGAUGCUCUCAUAGAAGUCCAGGAGAUUCUCCAUGCUAAGCACCUUUUCAUAGCUGAGAAGCUCCUAAAGGGAGCAAGCGACAACAUUGACCCUGACACAAGGAACAUGCAGACUGUGUCCAAACAUAAAAAUGUGACACUGUGUCUCUGGGCCAACCUCUUCAAAAAUCCAAGCUUUACAGGGUUCGAUUUUAAGGAAGCUGGCCUGAGCUUUAAGCUUCCCGAGGAGCUGGCUGUGAGCGACAUAGCCGUGCGGAUCCUCCACACCCACUAUGACCACCUGUCAAUACUGUCCAGGCUCAGGCAUCCACCUCUGAAGUCGAUAGUGGAGGAGAUUCCACUGCCCGUCCAGGAGCCAGAGGAAACCCGGGAUGGUGAUUUCACCAGUGAACUGCCCAGUUCCCCCCACAGUCCAACCAGUGAACCGUCCAUAAAAAGCACCAGCCCGUCAUCUUCAGAGGAAAGCAUAAUGCCUACACAGACAGAAGUGCUCAGUGGUCACAGUUCCAGCCUGGUUUCAUCUGUUUGUCCAACCAAGGAUCCAUCUUGGCCCAGCUUGGCCCAGCUGAACACUUUGAGAUCAGCUGAGCCUGAAUUCGAAAAGACAGAGAAUGGCCCAGAGGUUGUAAAUCUGGUUCAGUACACAACCCUGGGUGGAGUUUUCUACUUUGAUCUCCUUCAUCUCCCACCUCAGCCUAUCAGGAGAAAAGGGUACACGAUACUGCAGAUGGUGGAUGGGCUGAAGGUGUUCCCUUACCCACCAGAAAAGCCCAAGAAUGAGGAAAAUUUCGAUGACCCAACAGAAACUCCCAAAAAUGAGGCGUGCUCCCCUGCUGGGGUGUGCGUUGUGCUUCCUGAGUGGGUUAUCUUCAUGGAAAUGCCACUUGUGGCUCGCUGGGAUGCUGAAGAUGCCCGCUGGCGAAAGGACGGCAUCACCAACGUCUCCUACAAGGAGGCAGAAGGCCAAAUCUAUUUUGAGAUGGAAUCAUUCCAGAUCUUUACACUGAUGCACAACACCUUCGCCAACUUUCCUUUUCAGGGCUGGGAGCUGCGGCCGUUGGGCCAAAACUCAGCUAUUUUUACUGUCAAGGGGGCUCUCAUUGAGAUCUCCAUCACCAUUAAGAAUAGUCAGUGUAUGCUACGGCUGGUGCAGAGGAGCGGCCUGUCUCACCUCGUGGGGCAGUGGAUGAGCGCACCAGCUCUGCAGAAAGCCAUGCUCAAGGCUGGGAUCAACAUCUUUGUUAACAAGAACACGCACAAAUACGUCAGCGUCUGCGAGAAGAACCCACUUAUAGAACAGUUUGCUUAUGACCAGAUGGCCCUCUUUGCCUCAGCUUGUGCUUUUUCACGUAGCAAGUGGAACGCCACAUGUGGAGAGGAGAAUGUGGUCCUUCAGGGGUGUGAGCACCUUAAAAUCAGCCUUGUACCUGAAGACUCUUGGAGUACUUACUUUAUAGGUUCACAGAGAAGUAGGACACUGGAGAUCACUGAGAAGAGUGAAGACUUUUCCACAGACCAUGCUGCUGGCAGCGAGUUCCACUCCACACUCAUCCACCUUCUGCAGGAUACCAUGAGCCCCGAUGGGAUAGCUUUGGUCAGACAGUCCCAUUACUGCUUCAUUGACACUGUGCAAACCCUGCUUUCUGCUACUAGACCCCUGGUUUUCUCAUAAAUUGUGAUGGACCAGGGGUCAAUAACCUGCGACUCACAAUGGCUCAGCUAAUAUCUUUAAAUACAGCUAUGAUAAUGACAAA